AUGGCCUCUCCCACAAAAAUUCAUCCCGCCACUUUGGUUACUAACAUUAAAACAAGUGUGCCUAUCCAAUUUAAUGAAGAUGGUUCCAAUUUUCAUUCUUGGGUCACUUUAUACAAGCUUCAUUGUCGAGCCCAUCUUGUGGAUUCUCACAUUCUUCCCGAUGACUCCUCUAAAGCUUUAGUUUCUAAAGAUUCCGAAUGGCAACGUCUUGAUGACAUUGUUCACACAUGGAUUUAUGGCUCUAUUAGUCCUUCCCUCCUUCAAUCUAUAUCUUAUUGCAGUGAACUUGAAACUAUUGCUACUUCUCUUACUAAUCUUGGCACUUCCAUCACCGAUAAUCGAUUGGCUCUUCAAAAUUGGAAGAACGCUCCAACCAUAAACACAAUUCUCCCGCUCAAGAUUCGGCCCUUAUUACCACCAACAAAGCUUCUUUUUCUGAAAAUUCCGCUCAUUUUAACAACCGCGGCCCUUCCCACCACCGCGGUGGCCACCGCCACGCUUGUCGUGGUGGCCGGACCCACCGUGGCAGCCACCAUGGCUCCGCCAGUGCAUCUGGCCCCUGGCAGCAGAAACAACUCUAGCCCACCCUCUUUUCCCUCUUAUCCUUAUCCUGGAUGGCCUUACUGGGCCGGAUACAAUUGGGCCCAACCUGCUGCUCCCUUUCCCACAUCUUGGGCUCCUCCUUCUUCAAGCAAUGGACCUUCUGCUGGUCUUCUUGGUCCGCGACCGGCACAAAGUUAUCACACCGGGACUAAUGCUUCUAUGAAUUAUACUUCUACGGACAUCGAUCAUGCUAUGAACACUUUCUCUUUGUCUACUCCGGAUGAGCAAUUUUAUAUGGAUACCGGUGCCACAUCCCACAUAACUCGAUCUCAAGGUACUUUACUUCCUUAUUUUCCUUUAAAGCAUCAAUUCAAUAAUGUUAUUGUUGUCGGUAAUGGUAAUUUAAUUCCAGUUCUUUGUCACGGGCAUAUUUCUUUUCCUUCCUCCCAAAAAUCCCUUACUCUAAAAAAUGUCUUACAUGCACCUAAACUUAUUAAAAACCUUAUUUCCGUUUGUAAAUUCACUCCUGAUAAUAUGAUUUCUGUUGAAUUUGAUCCUUUUGGCUUUUCUGUGAAGGAUUUGGCCACGGGGAGCAUCGUUCUGAGAUCUAAUAGCACGGGUGAUCUUUAUCCUUUCCAAUCUACACAUGGAGCUUCUCCUUCGUCUUCCACAUCAUCGGCUUUUUUCGUUUUUUCUUCUAGUAUUUGGCAUUCCCGUUUAGGACAUCCGAUGAUUUGUGGACAUCUCCUAUUUCUAGUCCAUCGGGAUAUAAAUACUAUGGGUGAAUUUGACAAUAAUAUGUUUCAUCAAUUUUGUACUAGUCGGGGUAUUACUCUUCGUUUUUCUUGUCCUUACACAUCUUCUCAAAAUGGCAAAUUCGAAUGCAAAAUCCGCUCCAUCAAUAACAUCAUUCGUACUCUUUUAUGUCAUGCUUCCCUUCCUCCGUCUUUUUGGCCUCCGCCUUAA